ACAGUGCAGGCAGUCUGAUAACUCACAGGCUUCAAGCUGCCCUUAUAAAGUUGUUCCACUUUUGCAUACUUCCUCAUACUGCGAGUUUCUCUGCAAAGAUGAAGCAGCUUGUUUACUUAGUCUUGCUUAAGACAGCUCUCCUGGCUUUAACAAAUGUGUUUGCAGUUAUUUUAGAAGAAGAAAAGGAUGCUAAGGAAGAAAAAACUACCAGUACUUGCCCUAUAAAGCUCAAAACUAAUGGGAAUUGUGAUGAAGGAGAGGACUGUCCGUAUCAGCUAAAUCUGCCGCCAAUGACCAUCCAGCUACCCAAACAAUUCAGACUGAUUGAGAAGACUCUCAAGGAAGUACAGACCCUUAAAGAAGCAGUAAACAAGCUGAAGAAGUGCUGCCAAGACUGCAAGCUGCAGGCAGAUGACAACCAAGAAAGAGACAGAAGUAAUGAAUUCCUUCCACCUAAUGCAGAAACUCCAGCAGAAAUCCAAGAUAACAGAGUAAAGGAACUGCAAAGCAAAGUGAACAGAAUGGCAACCAGUCUAAAAAAUGCAAAGAACCAGAUUCAGACACUGCAAGGCCGUUUAGAGAAGAUGAGCCUUGUGAAUAUGAACAAUGUAGAACAUUAUGUAGACAGCAAAGUUGCUAAUUUGACGUUUGUUGUGAACAGUCUUGAUAACAAGUGCUCUUCUCAAUGUCCAGCAAUGCAGCCAAGCCCUGUUAUACAAGUAAUGCAGAGAGACUGUGCAGAUCAUUAUGCAGCAGGCAAAAGGAGCAGUGGUAUCUACCCUAUUACCCCUGACCCCAGAAACAGCACCUUCCAAGUCUACUGUGACAUGGAAACACAGGGAGGUGGCUGGACAGUGCUGCAGCGGCGUCAGGAUGGUAGCACUAAUUUCAACAGAACGUGGAAUGACUACAAACAUGGCUUUGGAAACCUCAGCAGGGAGUUUUGGCUGGGGAAUGACAAAAUUCACCUCCUGACAAAAAGCCAGGAAAUGCAGCUGAGAAUUGACCUUGAAGAUUUCAAUGGUAUCAAGGAGUAUGCCAAAUACCAACAUUUCUACGUGGCCAACGAGUACCUGAAGUAUCGUCUCAGCGUUCACGGCUAUAGCGGCACAGCAGGAGAUGCUCUCCACUACAGCAGGCAUUACAACCAUGACCAGAAGUUCUUCACAACUCCUGACAAGGACAACGACAGGUAUGCAUCAGGGAACUGUGGUGCAUUCUACAGCUCUGGCUGGUGGUUCGAUGCAUGCUUGUCAGCCAACCUCAAUGGCAAGUACUACCACAAGAAAUACAAAGGUGUUCGCAAUGGAAUUUUCUGGGGCACGUGGCAUGGUAUUUCUGAUGAUACUCCCAGUGGAUACAAGCAGUCCUUAAAAUCAGUAAAAAUAAUGAUCAGACCCAAAAGUUUUGCACCAUAAUUUUAAACCUUUUCUUAACAAAUUUGCAUUGGAUUGCACUCAAGAUCAUACUUAUUCAGUAUUAUAUUCAGAAUUCAAAUAUUCAGUUAUAUUUGUCAUAACAUAGUUCUAAACAAAGUAACAUAUUUCCACAUGCAUUUCUAGAGAUGGUGUUUCCCGUUUAACAUAUGGAAGACAACAAUUGUUGCUAAAACUUAGCAUAGGUUAAGUUGUGGUAUUGUAACCUAAAUAUUCUAAACAUUGCUUUUGGUGUCUUUACUGUAUGUGAUACAUCUUCUACAAAUUGUGUCUGAAUGAACACCUGCAUUUUUACCUGGAUAUAACUCAGAGGUAUUCUGAUAACACCCUAAUUUGUUAAACGCUUAGUAUGAAACAUUAUAACUUGCAUACUGCC